CAUUCGUAUUUACAGAAGAAGAUAAAAGAAAAGAAGAGAGAAAAAUACAGUGUGGCUAUGGCUUCUUCACUAAUCUCCAACCAAAAUUACUUCUUCCAGGUUCGCUCAAUUCAUCUUCACCACACCAGAACACCAUUUUCUGUGAAUUUAAAGACUGCCUCAAGUUAUUCUUCAUCUGCCAAAAGUGAUUCUCAUUUCAAACUCAACCUCAAACACAUAAUUUCAAGAGUUUCUUCUUCUCAAGAUGUUCCAACUGAGUUGGAUGAUGAUUCUAAGUUCGUCCCGUUAAAUUCCGACGAUCCAAAUUACGGUCCACCUGCUUUAUUGUUGCUCGGUUUUCGGGUGGAAGAGGCAGCUAAGAUACAAGAGCUUUUGAAGGAGUUGGAUGGCGAAUUUAUCGAGUUGGUUUUUUGUACUGAAGACAUGAUUAAUCGUUCACUCUGGGAAGCAGUGAACACAAAACAACCGAAUCUCGAAGCAUCAAAGAUUGCAACAUCACUGCCACGAAUAUGCUUCUUAUCCGGUCUUACCGGUGAAGAGAUGAUGAUGCUCAUCGACGCCUUUCCAGAAAGUGGUCUGGAGGCUCCCGUAUUUGCAGCCCUGGUUCCAAACAGUGCUGACAAACCUUUAACCGAGUUAAUAGAAGAGAUUAUGGGUGACCAUGAAAUGCUCUCUGCAAAGCAAGAAAACUAGACGGGAGAUUACGAUAAGUUUGACCGAGAAUAUUCGCCUUCUAUUCAAGAAUAUAUAUAUAUAUAGCAAAACAAAGAUUCCACCGUUGCUUGUGUAAAGUAACCGGACAUUGAGUUUAAUUUUAUUACUGCAAAUGGUCGUUUUUUAAAAUUUAAAUUUUGAUUA